ACUAUAAUAAUGGUUGUUUGAAAAUUGUGUCGUCAGCUGGCGCCACCAACGUGUUUCACACAGUGGCGAUGCUGUGGGGAUAUCAAGAACUACGUGAAUGAUAAUCAUCGUUGCGACUGUAGCAGUAGCCAUCAGCAGUAGCCACGGACUUAGCAGUAGCAGUCAAAACUCGAUCCGCUAAAUAUUGUGUAGCGGUAAAUUUACAACAUGGCGGAACGACGGAAAAACAGGAAGCGCAAAGACGAAAUAGCGCAUCCCGAGGCUGAAGAAGUUCUAGAAAAACCAUCCAAGGAAGAAUAUGCAGUUGCCAAAUGGAUACGGAGCAAUGUCCCGUCAAAAAAGACAAAAUUCCUGAAUCACAAUGUACAGUACUUUACUGGUACACGGGCUGUCGAUGCCCUACUUGAGAAAUCUCCUUGGAAUAAAACACUCUUUGAAACGCGCGAGCAGAUCACAAGCUUUCUCGAUUCGAUGCUGAAACACAAGUUCUUUCAUCGAGCCAAAAAAGUUGUGCUAUCUGAACAGGAGUUGAGCAAAAUUAGAGGAGCUAAGAAAAAGGGUAAGGAUAAUGGGAAGCCGGAAUCCAAGGAGGACAAAAAAUCUCUUGAGAAAGAUGAAGGUAAAGAAAAGGAUGCUGCGGAUCCUAAAGACAACGAUGACAAACAGGAGGAAAAAAAGGAGCUGAAGAAAAAGCCAAAGGUACGCCUGGAAAUGCACUUGGAUCAGUAUUUUGCCGACAGCAAUGACGCUUACGUCUGGAUCUACGAUCCCAUACCUGUUUAUUACUGGCUCAUCGGUACGCUUGUUGUUUUGGGGACAAUAGGAGUAUGUCUCUUCCCGUUGUGGCCGCCUUCAAUCCGGCAAGGAGUCUACUACAUCAGUGUUACCGCAGCUGGAUUUCUGGUUUUCAUAUUGGCACUGGCAGUUAUCAGAGUCAUCGUAUUUUGCCUGCUUUGGGUACUUACCCUGGGCAGGCAUCACCUUUGGCUUCUGCCAAACCUGGCCGAAGAUGUCGGGUUCUUUGCAUCGUUCUGGCCGCUGUAUCAAUAUGAGUAUUGCGGACCUUCUUCUGACGGAGACAAAAAAUCAAGUAAAAAGAAGAAACGUAAGAAAGACAAGGAUUCGGAUAGCGAAGAGACACCUUUGGCACCAGGUGAAAGUCCUGCAACGGAGGAUGAGGGGAACGACGCUAAGAGUGGCGAAGAAGAAGAGGAGGCGAUAGAGAAUUUGGGGAGAAAUGGUGACGGUGAGAGGGAUGGGGAAGAAGAGGUAAGCGAGGAGGGUUCAGAGAGUGAAAAGUCGAAUACAGGUCGUGACUUUGAAAUGGUCCAACACACAGAGUUGGAGGAAAAGUAGAGUAUCUCUAUUUAUUCAAUCGUUGGUUAUAAAAACAUCAAAAUAUAUUUAAUAUCACUGUUCAGUAAUUUAUGAAUUUUCUCGGACACACUAUUACAUAUAUACGUCUAUAUAUAUGUAUGUAUACACACAAACAUACAUGGCAGCAAGGGUUGUCAACCGAGAACUCCAAUGAUAUUUUGUCCAGGGACCAAAACUAGCUAAAAGUUACACGCAUUUUACUUGGUUUCCGUCCAACAAUCAAACGCUGUAUGCUUCUUGUUCGAAGAUAACAUCGAGUGUCAUUGGAGUUGGAUGAAAAAAAAUAUCUACCCAAUUAUGUAUUCUGCACAAAUUUUAAUUUAUUUAUCGUUAAUACUUUCUCCGUACAGGUUUGGUCCCUGCUUGAAGUAGGAAUAUAUAAUUUAUUUGAUGCUGUCAUUUAGAAAUAGACAGAGGAAGGGUGUUCCUCGGAGGCGUUAGGACAUGUUUUUUUUUUCCUUCGAAUUUCAAGUGGUUUGAUACUAUACGAAUGGAAUUCUAAAUUAUACUUAUUUCUAAAUGAGAGCGUUUUUAGUUAUACCCUGAUAAAAUGUUAAUUUAGAUUUUGUUACAUGACCGAUUCGGAAAAAUGGAGUGUCAAUAUUUGCAUUUCGUAUGUAAAAUGAAUAAUAUGAUAUUUACUACGUUAGUUUCACUCUUACAGUACAGUCGGUUUUUAAUUUUAUAUGCCGUUUUUUUUUUUACACGUAUUGAUCUUCUGUCAGGCAACGAAUCAGAUGUGAACGGAAAAACUAUACUCAAUGCUUCCGAGGCAAUUGAUAUGUUAGCAACAGAAUUUAUUUUUAUUAUGAUUAUUAUUAUUAUUGUAGACAAUGUGACUUGUAUGAAAAUAUAUGAAAUAUUAUCGUAA